AUGCAUUCCUUCACGUUGGCAGCGGCCCUCACGGCCACGGCCAGCCUGGCAAGCGCAUCCUCGGUCCUCCUCCGCGGCGGCACCAUCGUCGCCUUCGACGGGGAGACCAACGCCCUCAACGUCGUCCGCAACGGCUCGCUCCUCAUCACGGACGACCGCAUCACGUCCAUCUUCACGGCGGACCAGCCCCUGCCCCGGACGUCCAACGACACCGAGGUCAUCGACGCGACGGACAAGAUCAUCACGCCCGGCUUCGUUGACACGCACCGCCACGGCUGGCAGACGGCCUUCAAGACCAUCGCCUCCAACACGUCGCUGGCCGAGUACUUCACCCGCUACGGCGAGUUCGCCGCCGCGGGGCUGCUGAGCGCCGACGACGUCUACAUCGGCCAGCUCGCCGGCCUGUACGAGGCGCUCAACGCCGGCGUCACCACGACGCUGGAUCACGCCCACCACACCUGGUCCGACGAGACCUCCGAGGCCGGGCUGAGGGGCAGCAUCGACAGCGGCGCCCGCGUGUUCUGGUCGUACGCCUUCCACAACGUCACCAACUACACCGUGUCGGAGCAGCUCGAGAACUUUAGGGACAUCGCCACCAGGGCCGAGUUCGACGGCACUGCGACCAGCCUGGGCAUCGCCUGCGACUUCUUCGGCCCGGACCCCGUUCUCGCCGAUGUCAACGCCGUCGUCGACCUCGCCAAGGAGUUCAACGUCUCCGUGAUCACGACUCACAGCUUGCAGGGCCAGUGGGGAUACACCAACAGCCCCGAGGACCUCCACGCCAUCGGUGCCCUCAACAUCAGCAUCCCCAUCGUCUUCUCCCACGCCUCGUUCCUCACCUAUCGAGGCGCCUCCCUCCUCCGCUCCACGAACCAGUACAUCUCCAUCACGCCCGAGUCGGAGAUGCACUACGGCCACACGCACCCGCACAGCCACCUGAUCCAGGACCAGGGCUCCCUGGGCGUCGACACCCACUUCACCUUCUCCACCGACAUCCUCACGCAGGCCCGUCUGUGGCUGCAGAGCACCCGCCGCCUGCUCUACCAGCAGGUGCUCCAGCACUGGCGCGUGCCCACCAGCACGCCCAUGACCGCCGACCAGGCCUUCCUCCUCGCCACGCGCAACGGCGGCCUCGCCCUGCGCCGCCCGGACCUGGGCGUCAUCGCCGAGGGCGCCAAGGCCGACGUCGUCGUCUGGGACGGCGGCAGCCCCGCGCUGCUCGGCUGGGUCGACCCCGUGGCCGCCGUAAUCCUGCACGCCAGCGUCGGCGACGUCGAGCACGUGCUCGUCGACGGCAAGUUCGUCAAGAAGGACCGCGCGCUCGUGGCGCCCGGCUACGCGGGCGUCAGGACGCGGUUCCUGGAGAGCGCGCGCAAGAUCCAGCAGACGUGGAGGGACAUCCCGUUCCCUGUUCUGGAGGGGGUGUUCAGCGGGUCUGGCGCGCCGUACGAGGCGCCCUUGUCGGUCGAUGUCGUGACUGGUGACGAGACCGGAUAUGGUGCCAUUCAUGUGUAG